AUGUCAGAAACUCCCUCAAAAAAAACUGAUAAUUCAGUUCAAUUCAUUCCUAAAGAAAUCACAAGUCCUAUUAAAGAUGGCUUAGGAAUAUCUAAAACUGCAUAUACACACAUAUCAAAUCUACACAGUUUACUUAGUGACUGGACCCGUAUACGAGAUAAAAGCGUUAAAAUAUGUAAAUCUCUGUCAGCCCUAAAAUUACACGACUGUGAAGAUAAUUAUUAUCCUCACCAAACAAAACAACUUAUAGAAGAUUUAUUAGAAGCUUUUGACAGCUUAGAAAAUAUAGCAGGAGGAGUUAAUAUCAUAUGCACUCAAAUGAAGGCUCUUUCCAAAUUACAGCCAACCAAUCAACCCAUGAUAAAUACUUGGUCAGCAAGUGAAAUUGCACAUUGUAUUAUUGAUAUCAAUGAGUCCUUACAAAAAGAGCUAAGAUUAAAACAAAUUAUAACUGAGAACAUAGCACAUUGUAGAGAUGAAAACUUAACAGAGGUUUAUGUAAGUGCAUGGGAAUUUGAAGCUUACUUUAAUAUGGAGACAAAUGCCUAUUUGUUUGCAGAGGUUGGGUUAUCAGGAAUUACA